AUGGAUUGUUGCAGAUUGCACUAUGCCCCAGAGUUCAUUAUCCCAGAAAGCAAAGGGCAAAAGAAAACAUGGGACAAACAAGCAAUGGCCGAAGCUGUGGAAAUGGUGCCAAAAAGCACUUUGCAAAGACUAGUUCACGACACCGAAUAUUCACCCGAACAAGUUGUCGAAAAAAAGUUAGGUAGAAAACCCGUUUUUUCUACUGAAAUUGAACAACAACUAGUCGAAUACCUGCUGCUGAUGGAAAGCAAAUAUUUUGGGCUUACCCGCAGAGACGUUAAAGUAAUGGCCUAUCAAUUGGCUGUACGAAACGGAAUAAAGCAUCCGUUUGGGAAUAAAGAAGAAGCAGGUCGUGCUUGGCUGGAUCAUUUUUUAAAUCGUCAUAAACAAAGAUUGUCUAUCCGAACACCAACUGGAACAUCGUAUGCUCGGGCGAACAGUUUCAAUAGAGAAUCUGUAGCUAAAUUCUUUGAUAUCCUCGAGAUGGAAUACGAAAAGAAAAAAUAUACGGCUGACCGCGUUUUUAACGUUGACGAAACGGGAUUGUCUAUAGUUCAGACAAAAAUACCUAAGGUAGUUGGGUCAAAAGGGAAACGGCAGAUCGGUGCGCUGACGGCUGCUGAGAGGGGAUCACUAGUGACCACCAUUUGUGCUAUGAGUGCUUCCGGCAUAUUUGUUCCCCCUAUGCUGAUUUUCCCAAGGAAAAAUAUGACUGAACUCUGA